UCUAUUAGGCUAUCUCUAAAAAUAAAGCUAUUGAUUUAAUUACAUGUUUCCAAUAAAUAGCUUUAGUGAUGACCUAUAACAAAAAUAUGGUUUGGUUUAUGUAAAUUAUCCAUUCUUAUUGUAUAGCACCUGUGAAAUGUGACGUGUCACCGCUCUUAUUUGAGGCCAGCAAAAGAAAAAAUAUUCGUGACGCAUCUCACCUUAAAAAUCAGACGUGCAUUUGCGCAACACAUUUACAUAAUGUCCUGGCACCUCCUUAUAUAAAUUGUCAGCACUAUGGCUUAGAGCGAGUGCACAGUUUUCUCCAAAUUUGGGCAGAGCAGGAAAUCGAAUUUGGCAUCGACGCAAAGACUUAAUUAGAUAUAUUUAUUUUAGAUAUAGGGGCCUAUUGUUUCAGCACGAAUCGAAUCGAUGAAGACGGACAGCAUAGUGCAAAAUAUUCCGUUCACCGGCAGAAAGCGGAGUCUGAUUGAGGAUGCCCAGCGGGAGCGAGAGAGCAGUUCGUCCUCUCCGGGCCCCUCGUGGUGCGGGGACAGCUUCGUGUAUGAGGAGCAGAAGAGCGGCAAAAUUACCCUCAACAUCCUCUUUGCGCUCAGAAAUGAGAAAAACGCGGGAUUAUUCAAGGCUGGCAAAGUCUUUGAGGCAUGCCACUUUUAUUUAUGUUUUCUUCCUGUCGACACGUUAGCCGGGAUUUAAAAAAAUAAAUAAAAAUAAAUAACUAGCCUAUAGAUUAUUUUGCCAAUAUAAUUGCCUAUUUCAUUAACAAACAUUGUACAGUGCUUAUCAAUAGAUUAGCAUACAAUCACAUAUGAAUAUAGUUUAUUUGAAAGGAGUUUAAUUAAAGGUUACUGACAUUAAUGUUGCAAGGUUUUGAUGCUUGUGAAUGAUUCGACUUUUUUUUCUCCAUGAUUAAAAAAAAAUGCAAAUUGUGUACCGGGUUUUGCGACUUAGACUUUCGAAGCCAAGCUCCUUCAUCUUGAGAGUCGACCGAGCAGAAAGUCUAAGAACAGCAGCACUGGAGAAGACCUGGAGUUCUUCAUGAGGUGUGAAGUGCACUGCUCCGACACCGACAUCUUCAUCAACUCAUUAAAAAGAGUUGCAGACGACGUGCGAAUAGUGCAAGAGGAAAAGAUUCCUUGGUUUCCAAAGAAGAUUGCUGACUUGGACAAAUGCAAUCAUCUGAUAACUAAAUAUGACCCUGAUCUGGACCAGGAUCACCCUGGUUUCAGUGAUCCAGAAUACAGAAAACGGAGAGGGCUCAUCACUGAAUUGGCGUUCAACUACAAGCAUGGUGAUCCUUUACCUGUUGUGGAAUAUACUCCAGAAGAGGUUGCCACUUGGAGGGAGGUCUACAGAACUCUGGCCAGUCUCUACCCGACUCAUGCAUGCAGACAGUUUCUAGAAGCCCUGGGCCAGCUAGAGAGUGAACAUUUGUAUGGAGAAGACAGAAUACCUCAGCUGAGAGAAGUGUCAUCAUUUCUUAGAGAGAGGACAGGAUUUCAGUUGCGGCCAGUGGCGGGGCUACUCUCUGCCAGAGACUUCCUAGCCAGUCUAGCCUUCAGGGUGUUCCAGUGUACCCAAUAUAUUCGUCACCCCUCAGCUCCAAUGCAUUCCCCUGAACCUGACUGCUGCCAUGAACUACUUGGACACAUCCCCAUGCUUGCAGACAAAGAAUUUGCUCAGUUUUCACAGGAGAUUGGACUUGCCUCACUUGGAGCAUCAGAUGAGGACAUUGAGAAACUUUCGACACUGUACUGGUUUACAGUGGAGUUUGGCCUCUGCAAGCAGAAUGGAGGAGUGAAGGCCUAUGGGGCAGGCCUCCUGUCCUCCUAUGGAGAGCUUUUGUACGCCCUUUCAAAUGAGCCCCAAUACAAACCAUUCAACCCAGCUGAGACCGCAGUUCAACCAUACCAGGACCAGUCGUAUCAGCCUGUGUACUUUGUGUCUGAGAGCUUUGAGGAUGCCAAGACCAAGCUGAGGCAAUACUCAUCCACUAUACAGAAGCCCUUCUCCAUUAGAUAUGACCCCUACACUUGCAGCAUGGAGAUUCUGGAUGAGCCCUCUAAGAUUCAGAAUGCAUUAGGGCAGAUGAGGGAUGACCUGAAGAUCUUGCAUAAAGCACUGGAGAGACUGGGACAGAAAUGAGCCAGAGUGGCUGAUUGAUCAUCAAUAACAGCUGCCAAUACAAAUAUUUCACAUUUGCAGCCAAUGAACUGAUGAAUUUGGGUACAUUCUUCUGGAGUUGAAAUAAGAUACAACAGGAACUUGUAUUUGUGCAUGUGUCGGCGUAACCAUUAUAUGUAAUGAACAGUUAUACUUACAUAGAUUAAAUAUACUUAUUUUGA